AGCGUUCAUAAGUGUAACACAGGAGUUGGGUUGGAACGGGAAGAGAAGAGGGUAAGAUGGCGGAGGAGCAACAGCAGGAAACAACACAGAAAGAUAUGGAGGGGGUGAACUGCCUCGCAUAUGAUGAGGCUAUCUUGGCGCAGCAGGACCGGAUCCAGCAGGAGAUAGCCACCAGCAAUCCCCUAGUGUCAGAAAGGCAGGACAUUUCUAUACUGAAACGGGAGUAUGCACAAGAGGACAAUGUUUACCAGCAGAAGAUAAAGGACUUGCAGAAAAAAUACUCGUAUAUCCGGAAGACGAGGCCAGAUGGGAACUGUUUCUAUAGGGCGUUUGGUUUCUCACACCUGGAAUCAUUGUUGGACGACAGCAAGGAACUACAGAGGUUUAAAGCAGUGGCUGCCAAAAGCAAACUUGAUCUGGUGAACCAGGGCUUCACAGAGUUCACCAUCGAAGACUUCCACAACACAUUCAUGGACCUGAUCGAGCUGUGUGAGAAGCAGCCCACCCUGGGCGAGCUGUUGGGAUGCUUUAACGAGCAGAGCAUGUCCGACUACUUGGUGGUGUACCUGCGGCUGCUGACGUCCGGCUACCUGCAGCGAGAGCACGGCUUCUUUGAGAACUUCAUCGAAGGCGGCCGCUCUGUCAAGGAGUUCUGCCAGCAGGAGGUGGAGCCCAUGUCCAAAGAAAGCGACCACAUCCACAUCAUCGCGCUGGCCCAGGUCUUGAACACCUCCAUACUGGUGGAGUACAUGGAUCGGGGGGAGGGGGGUUCGGUCAACCAUCACGUGUUUCCGGAGGGAGGCGAACCGCGCCUCUUCCUGCUCUACAGACCGGGUCACUACGACAUUCUGUACAAAUAGCCCCUCGCCGCAAUGCUAACGUGACUCAUCCACUCCCUGAAAAAAAAAAAAAAAAAAGUGACGGUUUGGAUUUAAAAAGGGGCGGGGGGGAGGAACAGAGGAUCUUCUGGUUCCCAGGCCCCUCUGCCCACACUGUAUGCUGUGAAACAGGAUGUUUGAGGUCAGCACUGGCUUUAGGCCGUGCGCGAUGUACAGUUUUUUUUGUGAUUGUAAAUUGUGUUGACUUGCAUUUUGUUGGUUUAUUUCAUUUUUUUUCUCCUUUGUUACACUACCUUUCAUGUCUUUUAUUAAAGGGAUUUAAAUCUAA